AUGGACUCGCCCUUGACCCAACAACUGCGGCCAGAUUCAUUCGAGCCGAAAAUCGUGCAACUCUACCUGCAUCUGUUCAAUGUCCUUCCCAACGACGACAGUAUCGAAGAUCCAAUUCCAUUAGAAGGAUUCUGGCGAGAAUUCUUCCUUCUCAAGCCGGACAAGCAACGGCUGUAUGAAAUUCUCGAACCAUUCACUGCUAGCGAAAUCAUCCACUGCCAUGUCCAGACACAGGCCUUUUUCCAGCGCUCUAUAUCAGAAGCAGGAUCGGGCGUCUCUCCAAGAAACGAAAAUGCACUCGAUAAUCUGGCAGGUUUUCUCAGUGCCGUCUUCACCAAGCGAUACAUGAACCCUAGUACCGACAUCAUUGAGGUGCUCGGUGGGCUCGGAUCCAUCGACAAGCUGGUUUCGGAUCUGGUCAACAGCCUAGAUGCGAUCAUCAGGCAGUCGCCCAACCUCGAUCUCCGUUCCAAAGCCGUGACAGCUGCUACGGUUAUGGUGGCCGGAGCAUUCCAGACCAGCCUUAUCAGCUACUUCAUGUACCGAGAUCUCUUCCCAGCCUUGAUGAAAUACGUCCACGAUGCUCCCGAAUCCGCUUACCAGUCAUAUAUCCUUCUAGGGUGUUUAGCAAACUACAAUAAAUUCGAGCAGCAAAACCCUUACCAAACGCGCCUGGAAGACUUCGUCGACGAAUCCACGAUCCGCCUACUUGUUGCGUCCUUUGCCGGCUCGUGCAAGGCCAUCCGUGACGAAUACACCGCCAUUCAAGAUGACGCGGCCGCAUCGCUUACCAUUUCUUCGGCGCUCUCAUAUGUGGGAUUAAGAUCGCUCUCUCCAGACGCUCGCAAACCCCCACCCCCGAGCGAAGACGAAGCGAAAGCACUCUUUAAUGCACUCCCGUCACCUCUCGCCGCUGCACUCCUCUCCACCUACACCUUUGUACACGCCAACAAAAUCUUCGCAUCUGCACUAGUGAACGCCCCGAGCCCCAACACCGCAGCCAGCAGCGAAACCCCGCUAGCUGCCUUCCUCAGCACGACCUCCUACGUGACGCACCACGCGCACCGAUCACCCCGCACCGCCACCUAUGCGACCCUCUCUCUCCUCACCCUCCGCCUCCUCCUCGAGGACCCCUUGACCGCCCGCCCCCUCUGCCACAGCACCUCCCACGCCAGCACGGUGCGCCUGGCCCGCCAGCGCGCCCCCUUCCUCCCACUCGUCACCACGCCGCGCCCUCCGGCCGCCACGCUCCUCGACAUCGCCAUCGACACACUAAGCCACAACCUGCGCCGCCGCCUCGACAUCCCGCUCUACUCGGCGGCGCUAUCCCUCAUCCUGCGCGUCCUCGGCACCCUCGCCGCCAACGGCACGCGCCUGGCCUACCACUGGGCCUACCUGUGGGGCGCGCUGCUCUCGCUCGUCAAGUUUGCGACGCAGUACGCGGCGGACCUGCUGCCGCUGCGGGGGAUGCGCGAGGAGGUGUGCGCGGGCGUCGCGGAGGCGCUGGUCGUGAGUCUGGUGCGCGGCGAUGCGUUCCUCAGGGGUGAGGGCGACUAUGAUGACUUGUUUUAUAAGUUGCUCGAGGGCCAUGAGCUGUUGCCGAGGUUUCGCGAGGCGUAUACGAGGAGUGCUGGGGGUGGGGCGGGGGUGGGGAGAGGGAGAGGAGGACAGGCAGGAGGGGUGGGGACCGAGAGGAGAGAUGCCUUUGAGCGUGCGGCGGAUGCGCUGGUGAGCGUGAGCGCGCAUUUCCACGGCAUGGUGGGCGAGAAGGGCCUGGUGAAGGGGAGGCGGCAUCAGAGCGCCGGGGAGGUGAAGAGGGUGGUGAAGGAGGGGUACGAGACGCUGGAUCUGGCGGGCGUGGCGGACAGCACGGCCGGUGGUGGAGGCGUUAGUGCGGGAGUCCUGGUAGGAGAUGGAGGCCUCGGGACGUGGGAGGCGUGGCGUGAAGGGGAGAAGAAAGCAGAGGUCAAGCGCUUGGUGAGGGUUGCGGUGGAGGAUGCGCGGGUGGGAGGAUUGAGGUCAACGACUCGUGGGCGGAAUCCAAUGCUUCCGAGUGAGACAUAA